AUGGCCUUCACCAACUCGUCUCUCUUUGCUCCCCAUCUCACUCUCCCUCACUCUAAAUUUUCCGAUUCCGAAUUCGCCCCUCAGCCUCCUCCGCUGUGUUAGGCCCCCAAGCUACUUCACUAUCUCCAUCCCAACACUUGGUGUAGAAAAUUGAACGUCGCGUAUGCCUCUGGCAAUGGUGUGAAUGCAAUUGGUUCAUCUUCACUGAAGUCUGAUCAAGAGGCUGACUAUGUUCCAAUGCCAGUAGUCAUGAUUGAUCACGAUUCAGAUUCUGAUGCAACUAUUGUGCAGCUCAGCUUUGGAGAUUGCCUUGGAGCUCUCAUUGACACGAUAAAUGCAUUACAUGAGUUGGGAUUGGAUGUAGCAAAGGGAAUUGUUGUCACUGAGGGGCCGGUUAAACAGACGAAGUUUCAUAUAACGCGGCUUGACACCGGACGCAAAGUUGAAGAUCCUGAUAUGUUAGAGAAAAUCCAGCUUACCAUCAUCAACAAUCUAUUGAAAUAUCAUCCAGAAUCUAGUCAGCUACUUCAAAUUGCAAUGGGUGAAGCUUUUGGAAUAAAAGCCCCGGAAAAGAAGCUUGAUGUUGAUAUUGCAACUCAUAUACAUGUGAAGGAAGAUGGACCUAAGAGGAGCUUGCUUUACAAAGAGACCGCAUAUCACCCAGGAUUGCUUGUAGAAAUGAUCAAAAUCAUUGCUGAUAUCAAUAUUGAUGUGGAAUCGGCUGAGAUUGAUACAAAAGGUUUGGUUGCCAAAGAUAAAUUUCAUGUCAGCUACAGAGGGGCAGCCUUAAAUAGUUCCUUGUCCCAGGUGUUAGUGAACUGUCUGCGUUACUACAUUCGCAGGCCAGAAACUGAUGUCGAUAGUUACUAAUACCCUGGGGGAGCUUGAUCUUGUUUGUAAAUCAAAUAUAAUGGUUCUUGUACCAGCCAUGUUGAUGUGCGUUUUCAUUAGUUACCUUGUUGAAACUAGUUCAGUACUCGUGCUGAUAGGAGCACAAAGUGUGACGUUCUUAAUGUAUAUAUGUCAUAUUCUUAUGUUUUAUUACUUCUUAUUUAGUUGUUUCAGGUUCA